AUGGCAGCAACACGCAGCGCCGCCCUCAAGGUCGACUGGGCCAAGGUCACCUCCUCGCUCGGCCUGCGCGGCCAGACCGUCGCCGCCCUGCAGAGCUUCAAGCAGCGCAACGAGAACGCCCGCCGCAAGGUCCAGGUCCUGUCCGAGCAGGCCACCGAGGUCGACUUUGCCCACUACCGCUCCGUCCUCAAGAACCAGGCCGUCGUCGACGAGAUCGAGAAGCGCUUCAAGGACUUCAAGCCCGCCACCUACGACCUCCAGCGCCAGCUCAAGGCCAUCGACGCCUUCGAGGUCGAGGCCGUCAAGAACGCCCAGGCCACCAAGGAGAAGGUCGACCUCGAGCUCAAGGACCUGGCCGCCACCCUGAAGAACAUUGAGACCGCCCGACCUUUCGACGAGCUGACUGUGGACGAGGUCGCUGCUGCCGAGCCCUCCAUCGACGAGAAGACCUCCAAGUUGGUUUCCAAGGGCCGCUGGCAAGUCCCGGGAUACAAGGAAAAAUUCGGCGAUCUCUCCGUACUAUAG